AUGCGUCUCUUCCUCCAGUCGGCCCUGCGUGCCACGUCGCCCGCGCUGCGCCAGUCGCGCUCGUUCGCAACCAACGCGUCCAAACUGAGCUCCGCUGUCUUCAAGGAGCACCUGCGCACUGUUCAAAUGGCUGAGACCACCGAGACGGUGCUACCCGGCGGUCGCGACAAGCUCUCGCUCUUGCCCGAAGCUUUCGCCGGCAUCAAGCAGAUUGGCGUCAUUGGCUGGGGCUCGCAGGGUCCCGCUCAGGCGCAGAAUCUGAGCGAGUCGCUUGAAGGGACCAAUAUCAAGGUCAAAGUGGGGCUCCGUGAAGGCUCGUCGUCCAUUUCCAAGGCCAAUGCUGCUGGGUUCACUGAGGAUCAGGGCACGUUGGGCGAGAUGUUUGACGUCAUUAAGGAGUCGGAUCUGGUCGUGCUGCUCAUUAGUGACUCGGCCUGUGUCAACCUCUACCCCAAGAUCUUUCCACUGAUCAAACCGGGUGCGACCCUUGGCCUCUCGCACGGCUUUUUACUUGGCCAUUUGGAGUCAGUCCAUGAGACGUUCCCGAAGGACAUUAACGUGGUCAUGAUGGCCCCGAAAGGCAUGGGGCCUAGUGUCCGACGGCUCUACGUGCAGGGCAAGACAGUGAACGGGGCUGGGAUCAAUGCCAGUGUAGCCAUCCACCAGGAUGUGACGGGCACUGCUUCGGAGAUUGCAUUGGGCUGGAGUGUAGGAGUGGGAGCUCCGUACACCUUUUACACGACCAUGGCAGACGAGUACAAGUCGGACAUUUUCGGCGAGCGCUGUAUCCUGCUCGGUGGCGUGCACGGUCUCGUUGAGUCGCUCUUCCGCCGUUACAUGCUCAACGGCAUGAGCCCUGAAGACGCCUUUAAGAACACUGCCGAGUGUAUCACUGGUCCGCUGAAUGAGAAGAUCUCGCACGACGGUAUCAAGUCGGUGUACGAGAGUUUCAAGGGGGAAGACCGGGUGAUCUUUGAAAAGGCUUACACAGCUGCUUACACCCCUUGUCGUGAUAUUAUUGAAGAGGUGUAUGAUGACGUGGCCUGUGGCAAUGAGAUCCGAAGCGUUAACAACGCGGUAGCUCGUCACGACCGGUUCCCGUUCGGCAAGAUCGAUCAGACGUACACUUGGAAGGUUGGUGCAAAGGUGCGAGCGGCGCGUGAUGGUAACUUCGUGAUGAACCCAUUCACGGCUGGUACGUACGUGGCAAUGAUGAUGGCGCAGAUCGACGUGUUGAUCAGUCACGGCCACUGCUACUCGGAGGUCGCGAAUGAGUCAGUGAUCGAGUCGGUGGACUCUUUGAACCCGUACAUGCACGCCCGUGGUGUCGCCUACAUGGUGGACAACUGCUCGACUACGGCGCGUCUUGGUUCUCGUAAGUGGGCACCUCGUUUCGACUACAUUUUGACGGAGCAGGCUUACGUUGCAGUGGACGAGAACAAGAUUAAGGACGAGGCAACGAUCAUGAGUGAGUUUAAGAACCACAAGAUCCACGAAGUGCUGGAAGUGUGCGCUUCGAUGCGCCCUAGCGUCGACAUUGCCGUCGAGUAA